AAAGGAGAGGAGAAAGAAUAUUCAUCUAGUUGGCACAUCAUGGAUGUGAGACUACCAAAGCUUCUGCACCAAGACUACAUGACAUCCUCAGAAUAUGGGGCACUGAGAGACUGCAAUUCUCUCACUUCAGGGAGUAAUGGACCAACAGAAUGGAGCUACAGCAACUCAGACCCCAACUCCCUCAUGGAUUCCACACCUUGCAGUUGCUUGCCAACCUCUCCUGUUGAUUCUUGUAAAUUAUCUCCUCGAUCUCUCUCUCGCACGUCCACCCAAAGUGCCCGCAGCUACCCGUGUAAAACUAACAGCCUCCCUGCCCCUUCAGAGGACAAGGGGGAGGAGGGCCAGCAGGUGAGGAAGAUCCAUUUGCGUUAUCCCGGCAGAGAGAGGCAAAGCGCCAGCGAGAGGGAGAAGCUGAGGAUGAGGGGCCUGGCCAAAGCCCUGCACAACCUGAGGACCUACCUACCCCCUUCGGUGGUGCCAGUGAGCCAGAGCCUGACCAAGCUGGAGACCCUACGCCUCACCAUCCGCUACAUCUCGCACCUCACCGAGCUGCUGAGGCUGAGCGAAGAGAGCCCCUCAGAGGGCAGCGACACUGAGGGCACCUACCAGGGCUACCCUCAGGACCUGGGCUACUGUCAGAACAAGUCAGAGAGCCCUCCAUCAGAGUGUCUGUCACAUCCAGAUGACUCUCUAAUGAAGACCGAACGUCACAUGCUAUCAGGCUUUCAAGAUGUGGCACUCUGUCAGAGUUUCACAGAGAACAAUGGGAAUCUGCAGCUGGUCCCCUGGUAUCCAUGGCAACAUUAAGACCCCACUGGGCCUGACAUAUUCUGAGA